AAAAAAUUGAGAGCCAUCCCGACGUCUUUCCUUGAUUUUAUAUUUGCGCCGGCUAUUAGCCCGCCUGAGAAAUCCAUUGCCGGCGGUCUGAACAACAAAAUACAAAAUUCCGGGGAGAAAGGGAUUCGCUCAUGUUGUAAACAUAAAUGCGCAAACGAAACAGAUGGGGAAGCUAUGGAACAGAGCCGCAGGGGCUCUGAAGGACAAAAACAGCGUAUUGGUUGCGAGCCUUUCGAGGAGGACGGCUCUCCGCAAUCCCGAGGUGGAGGCGGCGGUAAUCCGAGCCACCAGCCACGACGACUCCGUCUUCGAUUACGAGAGCGUCGAGAAAGUGUACCGCUGGAUUCGGCUUUCCCCCAACGUUUUCAAGCCCUUGAUUUGGGCGAUUUCUAGGCGCAUGGAGAAGACUAGGAAUUGGGUGGUGGCGCUCAAAGGUUUGAUGCUGAUGCACGGUGUUUUCUGUUCGAAGAUCCCCGCCGUCCGCCGCAUUGGAAGGCUGCCGUUCGAUUUGUCCAAUUUCAGGGACGGCAGCUCCCUCUCCGGUAAGAUGUGGGCCCACAACGAGUUCAUUCGCGCUUAUUUCGCGUUCCUCGAUCAGAAAUCUGCCCUAAUCUUCCUCGACGCUCAGCAACCUACGGUCUCCUCGCCGCCGCUGAUGCAAGUCCUGGAUAUGCUGCAAAAGAUGCAGGACUUGCUGGACAAGACAUUCAAGAUCAGGCCGAGUUCGCCGGGAACCGUCGUGCCUCUCGUCAUUGAAGCCAUGGACUGUGUGGUGGUGGAGAUUUUCGAUAUCCACAUCCGCAUCCGCACCGGGAUCGCCAAAAGCCUGUCGAUGAUUCGCGCCGCCGGCAAGGAGGAGGCGGAGACGGCGCUCAAAAUCGCGGCCAGAGUGAGGUUCCAAAGCCAGUUGGUCGACGAUUACUUCGACUUGUGCAAUGAACUCGGAGUCACCAAUGCCGCAAAGCCUCCCACGGCGAAUCCAAUCAGCAAAGAUCAAAUUCAAGAGCUUGAGGAUAUAAUCAACGGCUUAGUCCCGGCCUCCAGAGAUUGUUCCCCUGCGGAAACGGAAGUAAAGGAAAAUUCCCGGUUGAUCCCGGCGACAAAGGAGACUCACUGUACGACUAUAAUCACGGAUCGUUGGGAGACUUUCGGCGAAGAUAGUGAUUCGCCGCCGCCGCCGUCUCAACCUGUUCUUAGCGAUAACGAUUUACUCCAACUUCAAUGCAAAGAACAUUUCCCAGAUCUCAUAACAUUCGACCAGUAAUCAUUCUUGGGUUUAACAUCAAUUAUUAAUAUAAUGUGUCCUUUUAUGAGAAAAUGUACAUUAUCAAUUACUCUGUACUUCGUAUUAAUUCUCUUUUCUUUAUAUUUGGGGAAUGGCAUACUUGUGGACAUUUUAAUAGAAAAAAUGUCAUUUUACUAAAGAAGUACUACCUUAUCGGUCCGCCCCAAUAAGAUUGUCUCAUACAAAUUUGAUAAAGUUUGUGUCUCUAAAUCAUUCUUACUUUA